AUGGCCCGACCGUCCGAAUCUUCUACCCACAUUCCAUCCUUCGCGAAGCCACUCUCUCCUUACGUCAAGCCGCAGGAAGACGUUCUCCGCAUACGCCAGGCAUUGACGGUGUACCUGCGCUCGCUGGUGGUCUACGACGAUACCGAUGCAUCCCAGGACUCCUACCUCGCCCUCUGCGCCCCCACAUAUGCCGUCGCCGACGUGAAACGCACACCCGCCGAUCUCCUUGGAAUGAGAAAGGAAUAUCUCCAGGCUCUCCAGGCCAAUGUCGCCGCUAGGAAGGAUCUUCAGAAGGCAUCAGAAGAUGUGCAGCUCCUUCGGCGUCAACGGUUGGCCAGGAACCGCCCUGCUGAACCGACUGAGGCGCAGGACCCGGGCGCGGAGCUGCGAGAUUACCUUUUACUCCUUCGAGAUCGACGGCGCCAUAACAAGCUUCAAGUCUUCCAACAUUAUCUAGAAGACAUAAGGGCGCGGAAACCGGCCGAUAUUGAGAUCCCCGAAGAUAGCCUGAGCCCGGAUCUUCGGUCUGAAGGGUUUGAUCUGGACACACCAGAUCGCACCGGCUCAGAGGCCGACUUGGAAGGGCUGGUCCAUAAACUUGAGAGGGCAGUGGUGCGUGCCAGAUCCCAAUUGGAUCAAGAGAAACGCCUAUUCGAGGAGUUGAAAUCUCGUCAUGAAGCUGGCAAUGCAAGCAUGCAGGAAUCUUCUUCUCUUUCCAGGGCCAAGGCGUUGAAGCGUACUCGUGACGAGUUAGUUCAUUGGGUCGAAGAACGCUUGGUCGCGGAAGGUGACCCUGACGAUAGCCUGGUGCAAGAGCUCCCACCGGAAGAAAUUGAGGAAGCCCAGCGGCUGCUUGAACAGUAUAGGCAGCGGAUUCGGGAACAAUAUGCCAUAUAUGUACAGGCUCGCCAGGACCUCUUGAAUAGAGCUGCCAAAGCCUGCCAACCGGUGAUCUUGACGACAAAGCCCUCGUACCGGUCAGCGAAUCGAUCCGAUAUUGUCCCUGAAGAAGUUCCGCCACCUAACCCCUGGGAUGUUUUGUCUUAUGCCAACGAAGUUCUUGUGCCCCUCUCGAAAAGUCAUAAAUCACUGGCAUUACAGAAAUCCUAUCUAUCCGCUCUUCUUGGCAAAGAAAAGUCGACCACUCUCCGCGCGCUGAACCGGUUAAGCGACGAGAGUCACCUUCUGCCCGAAUAUCCUAUCCUAGCUCGGCAGCCUCGUUUCAAGAAUGCUCCUCAGGGCCCAGAGACUGGCUCGCUUGAUGAAGUGGUAAGGCUUGCCGAAGCAUGGUCUUUUGCAUCCGAUGCCGCAGCAACUAGCCAGCGUGAAUACGUGCAGCAGAAAGUGGGACUUGGAAUUGAAGUUUCACGCGAUGCGCGAACAUUAUUGGAGGAAGUGUACAAAACCUUGAACCAAGAUCUCCGCAGCGCCCUGGAAAGCGGCCCAGAACAGCAAGCUACGUCAGAUAUCUGGGCCUCUGAGGCCAAAUCCACUCGAGGGGCUAACCUCAGUGGGUCCCGGCUGGAAAAGCGACCGAAAGGGCCUUGGUCAGGCUUGAAUGGGCGAGUCGGAGUCGAGUAG